UUAGAGGGCGGCACGGUACACACGCACCGCGCCGCGUCCACCACACCACCGGCCCUCUCUAGUGCCAGUUAGUGCCAAUUCAUCCUCCGUUACUAUCCCCGAACCCCCUGUUAUACUAGUCACCUCCCAGUGCCAACCUCCCAGUACCCCGAGGUGUUAAACCCGCUCCGGAGAGGCCAAUAACGUUACUUCCAUCAGAGAUAAACCACGAUAGAAAUUGGUGACAUCACAGUUGAAUGGAUCAGAGAGGCUCCGUCAGCCUGGCCUGUCACUCCUGCAGGAGGCCUACAGUGAGGAAGAUGAACAGAGAGCGGUGAGAUCUCUCGGAUACUUCACCGCUGUGGAGAUUUAGAGGCGUUCUUCCCCCUCUCUCUCUCUCUCCAAACCCCCUCACUUGAGACCUCUCCAAGCCCACUCUUCUCCCCAUCUCAAAGCCCACUUUUGGGCCCAUCUCCAAGCCUAUCGUUCCAUCUCCCACAUCCGUAAUGGUCUAAGUCAUUCCUUGUUUAGGAAUUAAAGUUCUAGGCUUUUAAUUGCUCUAUACUGACAUCACAGCAACUCAAUCGCUGAAGAGAGCACAGAAUAUAUUUCCAAGUAUUCCGGCAUCAAAGGCCAAGCAAAAGAUUAGCUGUGAUUCUUAAAGGCAUUAUCUGAUUGCUCUCUUUCUUAGCCCCCAACACCACCACUCACUCCCCAACACACUCCUCCAUCAACCACCACACACACACCACCAUCACACUCACACUCCCCCACAACAUCACUACACCAACAUCCAUACCUGGAACAUACCUGGAGAGGUUUCUGGGAGUCCUUCUUCUACUCCCCGAGCCCGGCCAGAGGCCAGACCCAACUCCAUACAACCUCACCAAUCACAUCACCACCUCCACACUACACCUUACAUCACCACAACCACACCACCACCACCCCCACACCACCACAAUGAGCGCCAAUAUGUUCAAUUAGGGUCUAAAAGCAGCUAAAACCACCUGAUUGAGCUUAUCUAGAUCUUUCCUUAACCUCUCUAGAUCAGUCUUUCCAUGGAGAAAAUCCAAUCCCCAUUCCACCAAUAAAUUCUCUCUCUUCACCCCCCCUCCCCUUUCCCCCCCUGCCCCCUUCUCCUCUCCCCCCAUCCAACCCCUUAGACCACACCCCAUUAAAGAGGGGAGGGGGAAGCCUGGUCACAGACGCCAUCUGCAGAAAAUCAUAAAAUCCAAAACCCGACCAACACACAACACAGAAACAAAAACAAAGAAGCAUCAGGCGCAGUGUUCAGUGUAGUGACGACAUGUGAUCAAGGGCGCGUUCAAGAUGGGCUGUAAAGGUUCCAAGUCCAAGAAGAACGCCUACGCCAGAGUCGCCCAGUACCAGAAAGAAUCGUGGGCAGCAGAGCGAGCUGUACGACGAGCCCCUGAGCCCCUUGACUGGGGGUUGGCGCCCCCCAGCUGCUUGACGCCUGCCGCCCUCCACAACCUACUGACGGAUGGCUUCUACGCCCCCUACUCAGCCAACCCGCAGUACCUACUGGUCGUGGACUGUCGCGCGCCUCGAGCCUUCACGCGACGACGCCUGACGACCGCGCGCUGGCACGGUGCGCUGCACACCGCGCCCGCGCCAAAUCUCGUCAACACCAUAGUGCUAUACGAUGACCGACCGCGCACUGCCCGGCCCCAGCCUGGCGACUCCGACCCCCUCGCUACACUCUACCAUGACCUCCGUCGUCAGAAGUUGGACCCCCUGGUGCUAUUGGGUGGGUGGACGGUGCUGGAAGCCACCUGCCCCCACCUCUUGGAGGGGGGUGACGGUAUUCCCACACCUGAGCCCAUGCCUUGGUACCCUGCUCAGAUUAUCCCAGGGCUCUUGUACCUGGGCCAUGCGGAGAUGGCAUCCGACCCGCGCGUGCUGACGGCCCUGCGCGUCACGCAUAUUGUGGAUGUGACGGAGACUCUUCCCCCUCGUGUCCUCCCCUCUAUGAACUAUCUAGUCGUGCCCGUACCCGAAGAGCCAGAUUGUGGCGAAAAAGGUGAAACAACUAGUGGGACGGACCUCCUCUCUUCCCUGCCCACUAUCAUGGCGUUCGUGGGUGAGGCGCGCACCUACGGAGGGUGUGUGUUGGUGCACUGUGACCAGGGCCUCACCCGCGCCGCCGCCGUCGUCAUGGGCAUCCUGAUGGCGGAGCGACAGUGUACCCUGGAAGACGCUUUCUACUACGUCAAGGGCGCGCGGUCUGCUGUCCACCCUAACUCCAGCCUGCUGCAUCAGCUGGCUAGAUAUGAAACUGUGUUGUUCGGUGCCUCCCUCACGCAAGCGGAAGACCUCUUCUGACCUGCACUCACCGCCAUCUUAACCCUCCUCACUUGUCACACACCCACGGCCACGACCCGCCAAGAGAGUUCAUGACGUUAAUGCUAGCUAGCAACUUUUCUAUUGACAGUGAUUAUCUCAUCUCAAAGGUUAGCCUGCACAUAUCGGCAGUUUAUUGCAGCCUUGACAUCCCCCAAGGUGGUUACAGUCAGCCUUGACAUCCCCCAAGGGGUUACCGUCAGUCUUGACAUCUCCAAGGGGAUUACCGUCAGCCUUGACAUCCUCCAAGGGGUCAUCGUCAGCCUUGACAUCCCCCAAGGGGUCACCGGCAGCCUUGACAUCCCCCAAGGGGGUCACCGUCAGCCUUGACAUCCCCCAAGGGGUCACAGUCAGCCUUGACAUCCCCCAAGGGGGUCACCGUCAGCCUUGACAUCCCCCAAGGGGUCACAGUCAGCCUUGACAUCCCCCAAGGGGUCACCGUCAGCCUUGACAUCCCCCAAGGGGUCACAGUCAGCCUUGACAUCCCCCAAGGGGGUCACCGUCAGCCUUGACAUCCCCCAAGGGGUCAUCGUCAGUCUUGACAUCCCCCAAGGGGGUCACCGUCAGCCUUGACAUCCCCCAAGGGGUCAUCGUCAGUCUUGACAUCCCCCAAGGGGGUCACCGUCAGCCUUGACAUCCCCCAAGGGGUCACAGUCAGCCUUGACAUCCCCCAAGGGGUCACAGUCAGCCUUGACAUCCCCCAAGGGGUCACCGGCAGCCUUGACAUCCCCCAAGGGGUCACAGUCAGCCUUGACAUCCCCCAAGGGGUCACCGGCAGCCUUGACAUCCCCCAAGGGGUCACCGGCAGCCUUGACAUCCCCCAAGGGGUCACAGUCAGCCUUGUUGUCACUAGGACGAGGCAGUGACGUCUAUACACGCUCAUCGUCCCUGGUCGGUUAACCAAUACCGACUUUUGUUGGUCUUUCAUGUUCAUAAACAUAAAUAAACUAACGUAAAAAUUAUUUUGUAAAUAGGUUCUAAACUUGUGGGCACCACUGUUAGUAGAUUGCCCAACGAGUAGAUUUCAUCUACCUAAAAAAAGUAGCGUAGGGUUUGAAAGUACUGUAGAAAUAAUAUAUUAUCCUGCUAAUUAUCUCAGUAGAUACAAAUUCAACGGGAAAACGUAACGUUAAAAUUCUCUUUAGUGCAGGUGUUUACUCACAGGUGUGGCGUCACAUCUGUUAGAUUAACCCCCUUUGUAUACGGUCACAGGAAAAAGAACGCUGUUUAAACACUUCCUAAUUUACACGUCAAACAGCCAGAUGUCAUCACAUCCACCUGUCAACUACAUCCUCACCUGACGAAGAUUAAGCCACCCAAAAGGUGGCACGGGCAUGAAUAACCCCGUAAGUAGUGGCCCUUUUGAGCCAUUACCAGUAUCAAGAGCUGAUACUGGAGAUCUGUGGAGGCGCGACUGCACCC